AUGUCGAAUGCAAAUAACACACCUAGCUCACAACCGACACACGCAGGCCUAUCCACAGAGGAAGCACCAAGUUACCAAACAUUCACAGAUGCAACAGAUAAACUGUACAAGAAGCUGGUCCAUGAAGAAUCCCACGAAUGGUGGCAGUACCGUUUUGUUAGCACGUUCUUCAACUUACUUGCGAUUGUGCAAGUAAUGGUCGGGGCAACCAUAACUGCUCUUGGACCGUUUGGGGGCCAACAUUUGAUUGCAAUAACCGUUUUAGGCGCCAUUAACACUGUCAUUGCUGGGUUUAUAGCUCUUCUCAAAGGUAGGGGCCUUCCUCAGCGACCCCGGAAAAAUAUGCUAGAGCUCAGGAGGGUUCGGGAGUAUAUUGAGCAGAAGAGGACCAUGUUGCAGUACAGGAACAGGAGGUUCUCGAGGGAUGAGGUUGACUCUCUACUGGAAGAUGUGAUGAGACGGUAUGAUCUUGCUGGAGAGAUUAUUGAAAGAAAUCAGCCGGAUACCUAUACAAAUGCUGGAUUGACCGGUAGAGAGCGUCAACCGGACGAAGAAAGGGGCCCGAAAUAA